CUCAUGCGCGUCUUUAGAAGCAUUCAUCACCUUAUUUCUCAAUGUCGAAACUUUCGAAACAAAACCUUAUCCAAACGAAAUUCACCAACUCACUGAAUAGCUCACACACAUAUAUACAUACGUCUGCACUGGCUUGCCUCAACUGUGGCAUUCUCACUACACCCUGUCAAACCACUUCGCAUAACAGAAAACUGCGCAAAGCGAGCUCCCCACCAUGUCGGAAGCCUUAAGAAAGGCCGUAGCCAAUGCCCAAGAGCCGGCGAAGACGAGCGAGACCGAAUCCCCAACAAGAUCACAACCUAUCCAAACGCUACCGUCUGAUCACACGCUCCCCCCACGUCAUGUGCACAUGGCGAUGCCCAUUGCUUCCUUGGUCUAUCGCUUCCGCGGGCUCGUAACAGACCCCGUGCGGACCAUGUCGACCAUGCUGCAAGAGAUUAUAAUGCUACAAAUCAUCUAUACAAUCUUUGGCCUGCCCGCCGCUGGCGCAAAGGAGCACAAAAAACCACGGCCUGGCGAGAAGAAGAAGGCCGGCGCGGAGGAUGAUGGGCCAAAUGUCGCUGUGACAAGUCUCGUAUCCUUCGUAUUAACCAUCGUUUCCGCCGGCGUCCUGCACGUACUUCUCGUGCUCUUCGGUGCCCCGUUCCUGACGCAUUUCCCCCACACGUUCCUCUGCGCCUUCCAUAUAUCGCUGCUGGGACUGUACCCAUUGUUCUACACCCGUGGCGUCUCGAGUAAAGACUGGAUGGAGAUCUUGAGCGCUAGGGCACCCAUUGACGAAGUGUAUGGCGGAUUACUUGGUGCGGGCGUAGGCGCUUGGCUUGGAGCUGUGCCGAUUCCGCUGGAUUGGGAUCGUGAGUGGCAGAAGUGGCCUGUUACUAUCAUCUGUGGUGUCUAUAUUGGGUAUACGAUUGGUGUAGUUGUUGGUGGGACUUGGGCUUUUGGGAAGAGGCUCGGUAAUUCUGAGUCUUCUUGACGGGGAAUGUGUUGUAGUCUUAUUGAACUAUUGUUAUCAAAUCCAGAAUAUUUGAUCUAAGGAUUUGGAGAUGGGGCCAUCCUACCUCGUCUGUAAUACGUGAUGCCUGCAUAAGCACUUGAAAAGUACGCUACACCCACAGCCCCUCGCCCCCGACUAGGCCAAAUCAUAAACUCAUCCCAGUUAUCCAGACAUUAUCAUCUCGGUAUGCGCGGCUCGCAGUUUCCCAAUGACAUCAUGUUCGCUUGAGCCAACUGCCCUCCUACGAUGGGAAUUUCCAGUCCGGAUGAUACUUUAACAAUUUGGCUGGACAUAGGUACAAGCAAAACCUAAAACUGUCACAGUUCCAAAAUGACAAAUUAUUGCAUGAGCAAAAGUAAUCGUAGUCGUACCGUGGAUCGAACACGGAACCUUCUCGGGACAAUGUUCAACCAUGUGAACGAGAAAUCAUAACCAUUAGACCAUACGACUUUGUG